AUGGAAAGAGCCGUCAUGUCGCUGCGGUUUACAGAUGAGGACUUUGAGAGCGCGUGGGGGGAGCUGGACGAGCCACAUCUGGAUGGAGGAUGGGAGCUUUUCACCGAGACGAUGGGAGUCAAAAUCUACCGGCUCUUCGAUAAGGAAACCGGACUUUACGAGUACAAAAUCUUUGGUGUGCUCGCCUCCUGCCCUGCAGAGCUGUGUGCAGAAGUCUACAUGGACCUGACCUAUCGGAAACACUGGGAUGGAUAUGUGAAAGUUCCCACCACCCCUCGUUCCUAA